GUCAUGUUAGAGUCUUGCUGCCGUUUUCGGUGUGCAAAGCGAGCAAUGUGCUAACAGGUGGCGGGGACCAUCUUCGUACUGCGGAGUCGCCGCUCCCAGUCAUUGACGGGUCUCUCACACCUGGAUGACGCUGACUGACGGGUCCCAGCUCCAUAACCCCCCGUCCAGCAUCUCCCAUCUAUCCGUAUCAUCUCUGCCAUCUUGCCAUCUCGUGCGUUGUUGGCUUCGGUACCUGACCUUCCUAUGGCCCCACCCGCCAACUAUCGUGUACCUGCGCCGCAAAAGUGGGCUGUCCAGCAACUCUGUCGCUCACGCAUUCAUUCCAGGUAUCCAUACCUUCUAUUCCAGGCUCUUCAGCCUUCAGGAACGGAUGCCACCUUUAUUCGUACGGACAACGCACGUGCUCUGGGCGGGCGGAGGUUGGAAGGAUCCAAGACGCACAACAUGCCGAGGGGCCCGAUGAAUCUGCAGCAAUCGUCCGUCCGGCAGCUCUGGGACGGUGAACCACCGGAGACUGACGGGAGCCCACCGACCAUGGCCAUCCUCCUCACCGUGAAUUGGUUGGACCAUGCAGCCAAGCGUGCGGAGGUGUAGGAGGCUGGCAAAACAUCAGCCAACCACUGCAUAACUGGGCACCUUUCUAUGGAUAGCAUUGAGCAAAAUAUUGGCCCACGACCUACUUUCUUCUUCCUGCUCAUCAAGUCUGCGGGGUUGGUGCAACCUCGAUUGACUACUGAUGAUAUUCCUGGGAGCCCCUACGGUUACAUUUACAAAGUACGUUAACGAAGCCUCCCUUGCUUGCCCGCCGUCCGGUACCGUCCAUCCAACAUCCAACGCCCUGGGCAAGCCCCCUUUUCGAACAUCCUUCGCUGCCAUUGUUUCCGUCAUCAGUCUACCUACUUACUCGCAAGACGUGACAAUGGGAUCAAACGAUGAACACCGCGACGACUGAACAAGGCAUGCAUUAACCACCCGUCCGGGCGGUUAAGCCUAAGCCAUGCUAGGUCAAGGACCAACCCACUCGCCAACCCGCCAAAGUCAAGGUCCGACGAGUGAGAGCCCUUCCAGAGAAGGGCAAGAGGGGG